AAUCGCCUGCCAUUUUUGCUUUCACCGCGCGAGAUGGUUGUGGUGCCGGACCGUCUCAACCGAGCGCUCUACGACGGCAACCUAUCGCUGUGGUGGCUUCUCAGCGCCGUGCUCUCGCUUUGGUUCACGGCCUACUGCGGUCUCGGCAUCCUCUUUGGCGCACUCGCACCGCCGACGCCCGCCCCCGUCGGCCCGGCGUUCGCACUGCAUCUGGUGACAUGCAGUUUGAUUUCGUGGAUUUGCAUUUGGAACCUCUUCCACACGCCGUCCCACGGUCCGCGCUAUCGCAGUGUGCACAAGGUCCUUGGACGGGCAGCCAUGCUCUCGGGCGGGAUUUCAACAUUGGCGGGGUUUUACACGGCAUGGGUCGAGCGCUACAACCCCAACAACAUGGGCUUUAGCAUUGGAAUUUCCAUUGGCGGCGCACUGCAGCUGGGCGCGCAGGCACUGGGCUGGUACUUUGUCCGGCGCAACGACAUUCCCAAGCACCAACUCUUCAUGUCGGUCGUCUUCUUCUACGGCUGCUGCAUUCCCCUCUGGAUGCGCUUUCCGCAUUUCGUGCUAAAUGUGGCGGUUCCCGACUGGUGGAACGGCGCGGGGGUCGUCGUGGCCGCCAUCAUUGGACAGCUCGCGCUGGCCGCCCACCGUCGCAAGCGCUUUCUGUGACCAUAACACACUCC